UGGCAAUCUAAUGUAUAGCGUGUUGUAACAUACAAUAGUAAAUUACAAAGGGAUUUACUAUGUGCCAAUUGAACCCAGGGGAUGGCGGCUAGAAUGUUAUUAGCCGACAUAGCACCGAGUGUUUACGAGUGUCAAGUCAAGACGGCCGUUAGUGAAGUCAAGGAAGUUGGUCGAUGUCCAGGGAAAGAUAACUCUUAUGCACGCCUAUCGAAGAAAGAGCUGGCUUUGUACAUCGUCACCGAAGCGGCGACGUUGUUGUAUCUGACGUAUUGUGUAUACUGGGAUUCCAUAGACAGGACUCGAUGGUUAGAGGUUUCCUUAGAAGACGGCUGGUCAUGGCUUCAGCGAAGACGGGAUAUCGCCGACUUCGAGUGGAGAAUUUGGUACAGGACACUGUGGCAGCUGUUAUUGUGGUACUCAGCCCAUUUUCUUCUGGGAAAACUUCUGGAAGAGAACGCUCCAAGGUUCAGAAACAUCGGGUACUUGAUACUUGCAAUGUUAUCCCUUCUUCAAAUGUUUGGCUGGAAGAUCGUUCUGUUAUUUAUGGCUCACACCUGUGCCGUGUUUCUUGCUGCCAGUUUUGGUAGUACUGCUGUCGUCUGGGCAACGAGCCUCGGUUUGAUGUGCAUCAUGAAUUUUAACAUACCGCAGAUCUUUUUAAAGUCUCUGAUUACAACACAGGAAAACAAAGAGGAGUUCGUUAAUAUCGUAAAUAUGGAAUUCGGCAUGGUCACUCUUAAAUGUAUCAGUUUUUCUUUGGAGAAACUGAAAAGCCAGACAUCACAGUCAGAUUCCAAAGAUAGGCCAGAUUCGAAAGAAAGGUCAGAUUCGAAAGAUAGGUCAGAUUCGAAAGAAAGGUCAGAUUCGAAAGAAAGGUCAGAUGGUGAAGAUUCACAAGAAAGAAGCCAGAAUGAGACAGACGCGUCGUUUGAAAGUCCCGCGUCAACAGACGUGGAUGAGAAACCAUGUGACUCCUACAGUCUGACCGAUCUGUUGCAAUACACGUUCUACGUCCCUCUGUUUUUCUUCGCUCCAGUCGUGACGUUCGACACUUUUAAAACCCAGAUCAAUGAAAAACCGCGUCCGUGGAACAGACGUAAAGUCUAUCAUGCCAUAUUUGCAUUCGUCAGAAUUGCCUUCUGGACUUUCUUCGUUGAAUUCUCUUUGCACCACUUGUACUUCUCCGCCAUUAUGAGGAGUCCACACAUCCUGAGACGUCUCUCCCGGUGGACGCUGAUAGGGAUCGAAUACUUCUACCUCCAGCUGAGGAUGGUCAAGUACUUUGUCUUCUACAGUCUCGCUGGACAGAUAGCUAAGCUGGACGGUGUUGAUGUCCCUGGACCUCCCAGCUGUAUCUUCUACAUCUACCGCUUCUCUGACAUGUGGAGAUUAUUCGACAAAGGAUUGUAUAAAUUUAUCACGAGGUAUAUCUACAUUCCGCUUGGAGGAUCCAGGUCUGGGCUUUCUCAAAGACUGUUUGGGUCAUUUGUCUGUUUUAUGUUCUGUUAUGUCUACCGCGGCCUAGACGUCUUUGCGUUAGUAUGGUGUCUUUUCGCCUUCGCUGAACUAGUUCUAGAAAUCUGUGCAGCUCUACUGCAUGAGAAUCCAAUGGUUCAAAAAUUUGAGACACGAUUCCUAAGACCAGUGUGGGUGAGACGACUCCGCGCCUUGUUUGCAGUUCCUGGCUUUCUGAUCUGUAUGUUCCCAAUGAACUACUUCAUCGCGGGAAGACAGAUGGGCGAUCUUUAUGUGAAGAAGAUGCUUAUUAUGGGAACUUGGACGCCUUUGAUUAUAACGUCCUAUCUACUGUACUGCCACAUUCAAGUCGCCAUCGAGAUUGAAAGAAUAACUAAAGCCAAGCUUUUGAAACUGAAAAAGGAUUAGUUUAUCGUUAAAAAAUUACGUUUUAUUUUGAAUUUUUCAUUGAAGAUACGAUUUUAGCAUUAGCAUUCUUAUUGGUUUGGUUUAAAUGCACCAAUGUUUGACUUUUGUUUCUUAAGUUGUCAGUGCUCCCUUUUAAAAACACUGCCACAAUUUCAAGUACUGUUGUGAUUUGUCAUGACUUAUUUGGGGUGGGGUUUUUUGGGGGUUUUUUUUUUUGGGGGGGGGGGUGGUUGCUUUAAUCCUUUUUUAAAGUAAUUAAAAAUACAGCAUUCAAUUAUAAUUAUAUACGAAUUUGUCUCAUUUGUUCUCUCGAAAUAUUUUCAUGUUCGAAUGCAUGAGAUCGUUUAUAUCAUUGUAUAGAAUAUGCAUGUGUUUUGUCAAACUGGGGAUCAUUGUCCAUCCUUGGUCGUACAACGUUGCAUGCCUUUUCUAAACACAGUACAGUACAAAACAUGAACAUGCGCAGUGCUAGUUAAGACUGGUUGCCAUAAAAUGUGUAACAGCACGUAACUAACGUAGACCAAAGAAAACGAAACAAAUGGGAAACAGUCUGUGGUGGAUCUGCGACUGAUCAUGUUCUACGCAGACCUUUGUAUUC